AUGUCAAAGCUAGACUCCCAGACAUCGACAACAGAGGACAAAUAUGAACAGUACCUAGUAAAUGACUUAUUUAACUUCCGGUAUGUCGUCUGUGUCAUCUGGCUGUUGAUGGAUCAUCCAACGGACGAGCCAGGAUUGUCAGGCGUGGGUAUGUCUGAGCUGGCCCGGUCUGAGCUUCUCUUCUGGGGAGGAGCGGGCAUGCUGGCUGUCGAAGUCAAAAAUAUGGUGGAGUCUUAG